UGGCUGGGACAGCCAAAGUGAAGACUUUGGUUCUUGGCUUUCCCUCGUUUGCACAGCAGCACCGCUCGCUCUCUGCUUCAUAACCGUUCUUUCUCAUAACUUUGUGGGACUCAGAGUAAGUCUUAAUACAAACAGAAGAUGCUGUUUAAUGUGAGGAGCUUUGUCAGCAUUGCAAAACUGACAGGGACCAGGAGGCAGUUGCUGCGACAGUUCUGGUAUGGGUCACCAGCUCAAAUGAAUGUUCAUCUGAAAGGUCAGGACCUCCUUACUCUACAGAACUACACAGCAGAUGAGCUGAAGUAUUUGCUGUGGAUGGCCUCAGAUUUGAAACAAAGGAUAAAGUACAAAGGAGAGUAUUUGCCUUUGAUGCAAGGAAAAUCUUUGGCCAUGAUUUUUGAGAAGAGAAGCACAAGAACAAGAUUAUCUGCAGAAACAGGAUUUGCUCUCCUCGGAGGACAUCCUUCCUUCCUUACAAUACAAGAUAUACAUCUGGGCACUAAUGAGAGUCUCACAGACACAGUGAGGGUGCUGUCCAGCAUGACAAAUGCAAUCUUGGCUCGAGUUUAUAAGCAUAAUGAUCUGGACCUAAUGGCGAAAGAAUCCACAAUCCCAAUAAUCAAUGGACUGUCCGAUUUAUACCACCCUCUCCAGAUUUUAGCUGAUUACCUAACUCUUCAGGAGCACUAUGGUGGGCUGAAGGGGCUCACCAUCACCUGGAUUGGGGAUGGAAACAAUGUCCUCCACUCCAUCAUGACAAGUGCUGCAAAGCUGGGAAUGCACCUGCGCAUUGCAACUCCCAAGGGCUUCGAACCAGACCAAGGAAUAACUAAAAUAACUGAACAAUACUCUGAAGAGUAUGGUACCAAGUUACUUCUGACAACAGAUCCUUUAGAAGCUGCAGACAGUGCCAACGUCUUAGUUACAGACACAUGGAUAAGUAUGGGACAAGAAGAAGAAAAGAAAGAAAGACUAAUGGCAUUUCAAGGUUAUCAGAUUACAAUGCAGAUCGCAAAAUCUGCUGCUUCCAACUGGACUUUUUUACACUGUUUACCCAGAAAACCUGAAGAAGUUGAUGAUGAAGUAUUUUAUUCCCCACGCUCAUUGGUUUUCCAGGAGGCUGAAAACAGAAAAUGGACAAUUAUGGCUGUCAUGGUUUCCCUGCUGACAGAUUACUCACCACAGCUACAAAAACCUGCAUUUUGAUGCUUGGAUUCCUGCCAGGAGAAAAAUAUUCUUCACUGGCAGAAUAUUUUGGUCCUCAAAUACGUAGGUCUUCCUCAGAAAGGAUCAAGGCAACAAAUGAUAUUUUAAUAAAACCGUACAGUUUGCUG